AGUCGUUCAUGCAACAUGUUUAGUAACAAAGGCCAGUGUUAUUCUGUGUGUUGUGCCUGCUGGUAGACCAUCAUUUUUAACCAAACCAAAGAUAUUACGUCCACAAAUUUUGAUAAUUUUUUUACGAAUACAUUGAAAAUGGUUUCCAGAGUGAUCUAGAAUAUGUUCGCAUGAAGAAACUCAGUUCUUAUUUCGUUGUGUGAGGGGGAUAUCAACAAGUACACUUCCUUGAUAUCGGUCGAAAAUGGCGUUUACAUAUUCGGCAAUUGCUUUGCCAUUGUGUUUAAUUUUGGUAUUGUCUGCCUAUUCUUCACACGGAUCGGCACUCUUGAAUGAUGAUUUUGUUACUUACGAAAUUGUGGACACUCAAUCAAAACUAGAAAAUGAAGACACAUUUUUGCCAGACAUGGUUUUCAUUGACAGAGGGAACAAUGUGAGACUCAAACGGCAGUUACGACCUGAUGGAAACCCCCCAAGUCAUGUCAGCCCUGAUGAUGAAGAUAAAGCUAAGAAUAGCCGAAAGAAAUUUCCUGGUGGAUUCAAUGCCACGUCAAUCACCAGUGGGAAACCAUCCAAACUGGAUGGAUCCAGCAGUGGAGGAUUUCCAGAAAAGAAGGUUCUAGAAAAAUCUGUUAGCUCACCCAAGGCUGUAGCCGCUAUAAGUAUUGAGACAAAAGAGACCACUUCAAGUUCAGCUCCUGUUACCAGCUCAGUAACAGUUGCCACCCCAACUUUGAAAACUGCUACUGCACUCCCAAACAAAGACGCGCCUGGCCCAGGAAAGUGGGAUCCGUCAGAGCAUGGCCAAAGUGCAAAUAGUGAUGAUGAUGACGAUGACAAAUUUCCUCCAGAUGACAUUACCAAUGCUACCCUCAUUAAGGAGCAUGUCAACAACAAAACUGAAGAUCAUCACACAUACUACAACAGUUCUACCUAUGAGAUCACCGACCUGAAGCCUUUCUGGGUUGACAUGGAGUCCAACGGCACAGUGAAUAAUAUGUUGUCACAGGCCCAUCGCAGAGCAGCAACUGUUGCAUUGUCUUUUGACUUCCCGUUCUAUGGACAUUUGGUGAAAAAUGUAACCAUUGCAACUGGUGGGUUCUUAUACACUGGUGAAUAUGUCCAUAGUUGGCUUGCAGCCACACAGUACAUUGCACCUCUCAUGGCCAACUUUGACACCAGCAUUUCAAAUGAGUCUUUUGUUAAAUAUCUUGAUAAUGGUACUGCAUUUACUGUUGAAUGGUGCAAGGUGGUCCUUCAAGACAAACCUACAGAGGGGGAUUUCUCAUUUCAAGUUACUCUGCAUAAGAGUGGGGACAUUGUUUUUGUGUACAAAAAUGUACCUAUUCUCAUUGACAAGAUAAAGGAUGACAAUCAUCCUGUCAAAGUGGGUCUCUCUGAUGCCUAUAUCAUCGAUCGCACCAUUUUCUUUGUUCGAAGAAAAACCAUUUAUGAAUACCACCGAGUCAACUUCACUAACAUCAAGAACGGAACAGUAAUUUAUCUGAGAGCUUUGCCAACAUGCCUUGAUAUGAAAGAUUGCACUUCAUGUCUUACCAAGAUUACAAACUUUGAGUGUAAUUGGUGCCCCAGCGCUCGCCGUUGUUCCAAUGGUAUGGACAGAUACCGUCAAGACUGGCUUCUGAAGGGUUGUGAGCCUACUGAAUCGAAUGUAGGGAAAGUUAAGCAGAGGAGUGACCAAUGUACAGAGGAUGAAAUUGUACCGCCUGUCACACAUCAUGAAAUUGAGGAACCUGUUCCUCGCAGCAAAGCUGCAAAGCAGUCUCAAGAAGCUCCUCUCAUUAUCAGCCACCAAGAUCAAACUGCAGAUGAAGUUGGAGUGAGCAUGUCAAGUGUGGUGGGAAUCCUCCUUUUGGUUGUGUUUGUGUGCACUGUAAGCCUGUGGGUUUUGUAUGCAUACAGACAUCCUCAUAGUGCAUCAGGACAGUGGCUCAUCCGGUACCGUCCAAGCACAUGGAGCUGGAGACGAGGCGAAGCACGUUACACUGCAGCCACAAUUCACAUGUAGGGUUUUAGAACGAGACAAUAUUGAAAUCUGGACACUGACUAUGAACAUAAUUGCCACAGUUACACAUUCUAGUUGAAGAACAAGAAACUCUUUUUCUAGACCUUGUGCCAAUCGGUAUAAUUUCUUGGUUAAUUUUUUAUAGUUUGUGAACUAAUCUGAACUUCUUGCCAGAAUCUUGUAACUGUCCCUUUUUGGUUAUCUAUUGAGUCGGACAUUUGAGUGAUAUAGAAUCUUUAUUUAGAAGUUUGUAACUGUAAGAGAAUUUUGUAAUUUUGGAGCAACAUGAUAGCAGCAUUCAAGUUACAGCUUGGAUCUUUGAGUCACAAAUUUAGUUUUUGAUACUUUAUAUGUCUGUUAAGAUGUAUUUCAUGAGUAUCUGAGAAGGUUAUGGUGUGUCCAACCGUAGAUACUUGUAAUCCCAAAUUUUGUUUUUGUGAAGUUUGUGUGUGUCUUUUAGUCUUAUUACCAUUACUAUUAGGAUUUUUAAAAAAUUUACCAGCAUCUAUGAUCUACUUCUAUGUACUAUCUGGCCUUCUAUUAUUGUGCUUUGUAAUGUGAAAAUGCUGCUUUUAAUUUCCAGUGUUAAUCAAGACUUGAAAUGUGCAUUGUUUAAGUUACACAUUUCCCCCCGUUUUUCUUUCUUUCUUCUUUUUAUGUAGGUUUUUUACGGCUGUAUUCUGGGAGGAAGUCACACUACAUAUUCUUGUUUUCUGAAAUGACUAAGAUUAGAUGUUUCUAAUCAAAUGAAUGUAGUGUACUACACACACAUACACUCACAAACACAAUCUUUUUCAAUACGUUGGCUUAGCUAAUUAUUUUCCAGUUGCCUCUAUCAGAACAGAGAAAUGUUUAUUGGAGCAAUUCAUCUUUGUGAAAUUAGGAUUGGUGGUUUGAAGUAGUAGUGAAGAGUGAAAAUGUCACCCUUUAAGGCAUUUCUAGAUCAGUUUGUACCUUCACUUUUAGAAGUCUUAAUUUAUUUGGUAUUAUUCACACCGUUAGUCUGUUUUUGUAGUUUCCAACUGUAAUUUCAACUAAAUGACUGAUAACUGAAGUACAAUGGAAUUGAUGAUGUGGCAAUGGCACUGAGUAGUUAUUCACCAUAAUUUUGUUUUUACUAAUUCCAAUGACAUUUUUACAUCUGAACAAAAAUAUCUGUUGUGUUCAAGGUUAAGUACAAGAGGUCUUUGUAACUUUUUCUAUGUUAAGGAAGUUGCUUUUGCAACUAUGACUGAAAAGAGAUCAAUGUUCCAUCGAACUAAUGGGUUCACCUUUGUUCAUGACAAUGACUGUGUUGCUUUUUAAUUUAAUUUUAAAAAAUUCUUAAAGAAAACAUACUUUGCUAGAAAAAAGUAAUGGGACUUGAUGCAACAUGAGUGUGGCUCUUUGUUUGAAUUGACGUGGUACCUAAAGCUGUAACAAUCUUUGCAAUGGCGCAAUAUAUAAAUGUAUUGUAUGUUGAUAUUAUUUUGCAGUUUCUUGCAUUUAACCAUUUGCUGACCUCCUACAGUAUAAUUUUACAUUUAUUUGGUUGUAGAAUAAGUUGCUAUUGUGGAGCCUCCCAGAAGAGCUAUUGUUCAUCCAAGUGAUUCAAUAUAUUUACAUAAAUAUAAAUAUAUAUAAAGAAGCACACUUAUAUAUAUAUUUAUAUUUAUACUUUGUUAUGUAGUGCUGGUGAUAUUUGUAAUUUUACAGGGUGUUUACUUUCAUUUUAUUUGACCUUUUUGUGUGUGCAAAGUAUCUGCUUGGGACUCCCAGAUAUAAAAUUUAUCUUGUUUGCCCAAAACUAUUCUUUGUAGAAUUUCUAACUCUGUUCUUUUGAUGAAGGCACGUGUCUCCUGCGCACAUUUGAAUCUUGAUGUAAAGAAAGUGUGCACCCUGUAAAGUAAGGGACAUGUGUGUUGUUGCCAAGACUGCAACCUGUUAGAGGGCGAAUGGGAGUCUUAUUUUUGUUGUAUGCAUGCCCUUGAAUGAAUGGGUGGGGUGGGGUGGGUGGGCACCGAUACUGCAAAUGAUGUUUUAUAUCUUUUGUAUUAUUUUAUAUUUUUUAUUAUUAUUAUGGAUACCUUUCAUUUGCUAUAACUGUGGCAGCUAAUUAUAAAACAGGAACUUGGCCUUCAGGGUUAUGCAUGCAUACAAUAAGACUUCAUCAUAAUUUUGAUGAGAAACGAAUGACGUGCAAUGUAGUUACAUUAGAAUGAAAAUCCCCACCCCCCCUUCUCUGAUCAUUAUAUUACUCUUGAUAUUAUUGUCUUGUCAAAAUCUGACGCUGUUCAGCUCAUUUUGCAUACCUCUUUCUGAAAAAAAUUCUUUUGUAACAAACAAGUUUGGGCUGUGUUGGAUAUGGUAUCUCUGUGUAGUUUCAAACUCGGAGGUUUCAAACUCUAAGGUAAUAGGUUGUGAAUGUGACAGGCAGAUUAAUGCUGGUGGUGCACAUGUUGAUGUCAUUUUGCUAUUUUUGUGGUUUGAGAACAUGUAAAGCCAUGAACUUUCUACAGUUGUUCAAUGGAAAACUAUUGUAUGUUGAGUUUUUAUUUCUAUUCCUAUUAUUUUGCAUGAGUGAUUUUAUAAACUGUAUUGGUUUUUGUUUUUCCAUUAUAAAACUGGUUUGAACUAUCUAUGAAUUGAAAUUAAUUUUAUUGUAAUCAUGUUGUAAUGCAGGAGUUACUCGUUUGUAUAAAGACCAAAUAUAUUUAUGACAGUUAAGCUGCUGAGGUUUACUGUUCUAUAUUUGUUAACACUUCACAUCACAUAAAAAUGUUGCUUAGCUGUAAGCAUUGACUCAAUUUUUGAUUUAUACUCUCUAGAAAUUAUGUUUUAGAAAAUCUUCUGAUUCCAUUUACAUGUGUAGUUCUCCAUUUGAAACUGAACACAUUUUCUGCUUUUAUGUUCAGAGACUUUUGUUUAUAUUUUAUUUUGUAAUUUGUAGUUAUAUGGAUGUGAAUUAUCUUUUCAGAAGUGACAAUUAACCGUUUAAUAUUGUAACUUUUCAACAAUUAAUGCACUUGUGAUUUGACUCAUGGUUGUGAAUGUGUCAUUCAUGUAGUGAUACUUUUGCAAUAGGUUGUGUUCAAGAGUCAAGUCUAACCCUUCUCUCUCGUGUCAGACUUUUUAAUAAAUGUGAAUAGGAUGCAUCAGAGAGUGUAAGUCUUCCGUAUAGACUAUGUCGUGUAUAUUCUUAAGUUUGUGAUGAUAAAUAUACAAAUUCUAAAUCAA